GGGGGAGCAGCCGCCAUGGAGGAGGCCGCGGCGCACAACGGCAGCGCCGCCGGGGCCGGGGCCGGGGCUGGAGCCGGAGCCGGGACCGGGACCCCCGCGGCUGCCCGCCCUCCCGCCACCCCCGAGGGCAUGGCGCUGGCCUACGGCAGCCUCGUCCUCAUGGCGCUGCUGCCCAUCUUCUUCGGGGCGCUGCGCUCCGUCAGCUGCGCCAAGAGCAAGAACUCCUCGGAGAUGCCAGAGACCAUCACCAGCCGAGACGCUGCUCGAUUCCCCAUCGUUGCCAGUUGCACCCUUCUGGGGCUCUACCUCUUCUUUAAAAUAUUCUCUCAAGAGUACAUCAAUCUGCUCCUUUCCAUGUAUUUCUUCGUGCUGGGGAUCCUUGCCCUGUCCCACACCAUCAGCCCCAUGAUGAACAGAUUCUUCCCUGCAAACUUCCCCAACAAGCAGUACCAGCUGCUCUUCACCCAGGGCUCCGGGGAGAGCAAGGAGGAAAUAGUCAAUUACGAGUUUGACACCAAGGACCUGGUCUGCCUGGCCCUCAGCAGUGUUGUGGGGGUCUGGUACCUGCUGAGGAAGCACUGGAUUGCCAACAACCUCUUUGGGCUGGCAUUCUCCCUCAAUGGAGUGGAGCUGCUGCACCUCAACAACGUCAGCACAGGCUGCAUCCUGCUUGGAGGCCUCUUCAUCUACGACGUCUUCUGGGUCUUUGGCACCAACGUGAUGGUGACAGUGGCCAAGUCAUUCGAGGCCCCCAUAAAACUGGUUUUCCCUCAGGACCUGCUGGAGAAGGGGCUGGAAGCUGACAACUUUGCCAUGCUGGGCCUGGGAGACAUUGUCAUUCCAGGCAUCUUCAUUGCCUUGCUGCUGCGCUUCGACAUCAGCCUGAAGAAGAACACACACACCUACUUCUACACCAGCUUCGUGGCCUACAUCUUCGGGCUGGGCCUGACCAUAUUCAUCAUGCACAUCUUCAAGCAUGCCCAGCCUGCUCUCCUCUACCUGGUCCCUGCAUGCAUCGGAUUCCCACUUCUGGUGGCCUUGGCAAAGGGGGAGGUAACUGAAAUGUUCAGCUACGAAUCCUCUGCUGAAAUCUUGCCUCACACCCCGAGGCUCACUCACUUCCCCACCGUGUCAGGCUCUCCAGCCAGCCUGGCUGACUCCAUGCAGCAGAAGCUGUCCUGCCCCCGCCGCCGCCGGCAGCAAAGCCCCAGCGCCAUGUAGCAGCCGCCCGCGGGGCCCUCUCUCUCUCUGUGGCUCU